ACCCCUUUUAAUCCUCCCAUCCCAAAACCACCAACCUUUGUGCAGAUAGAGAGAGAGAGAGAGAGAAAAAAAAAAAAUGGAAACGAUCAAUUCACUAGUGACUGAAGCUCUGGAAACUCCGGCGUCGACGCUCUUGUUGGUCGCUGUUCCCCUCUUUUUCUUGUUCUUCCUAUCCCGGUUUCGCAGGAAACUGCCUUUCCCGCCGGGGCCGACGGGGCUGCCCUUGAUCGGAAACAUGAUGAUGAUGGACAAGCUGACCCACCGGGGAUUGGCCACCCUGGCCAAGAAACAUGGCGGCCUGUUCCACCUCAAGAUGGGCUUCCUCCACAUGGUGGCCGUGUCGUCCCCGGACGUCGCUCGCCAGGUCCUCCAGGUCCAAGACAACAUUUUCUCCAACCGGCCGGCGACGAUCGCGAUUAGCUACUUGACCUACGACCGAGCCGACAUGGCGUUCGCUCACUAUGGGCCGUUCUGGCGCCAGAUGCGGAAGCUCUGCGUUAUGAAGCUGUUCAGCAGGAAGCGCGCCGAGUCGUGGGAGUCGGUGCGGGACGAGGUGGACUUCAUGGUGCGAGCGGUGGUGGCCAGCGCCGGCUCGGCAGUGAACCUCGGCGAGCUGGUGUUCGCGCUGACCCGGAACAUCACGUACCGGGCGGCGUUCGGGUCGAUAUCGAGAGACGGGCAGGACGAUUUCAUCAAGAUUCUGCAGGAAUUCUCGAAGCUGUUCGGCGCCUUCAACAUCGCCGAUUUCAUUCCCUGGUUGGGCUGGGUCGACCCGCAGGGACUCAACGACCGACUCGUCAAGGCUCGAGCCUCUCUCGACGGAUUCAUCGACAAGAUCAUAGACGACCACAUGGCGAAGCACAAAAACAGUGACGGUUCCGAUAACGCCACCGCCGACAUGGUGGACGACUUGCUGGCUUUCUACAGUGAAGAAGCCAAAGUAACGGAAUCGGAGGAUUUACAGAACGCCAUCAAACUCACAAGGGAUAACAUCAAAGCAAUUAUCAUGGACGUGAUGUUCGGAGGCACCGAAACGGUGGCGUCGGCGAUCGAGUGGGCCAUGGCGGAGCUGAUGAGGAGCCCCGAAGACCUUAAGCGGGUCCAGCAAGAGCUCCGCGACAUUGUCGGGUUGAACCGCCGGGUCGAGGAGUCCGACUUCGAGAAGCUCACCUACCUCAAGUGCGCCCUCAAAGAGACUCUCCGGCUCCACCCGCCCAUCCCGCUUCUGCUCCACGAGACCGCCGAGGAGUCCGAGAUCGCCGGGUACUACGUUCCCGCCAGGUGCCGGGUCAUGAUCAAUGCGUGGGCCAUUGGCCGGGACCCGAACUCCUGGGACGACCCGGAAACAUUCAGGCCCUCCAGGUUUCUCAAGGACAGCGUGCCCGACUACAAGGGGAGCAACUUCGAGUUCAUUCCAUUCGGGUCGGGUCGGAGGUCCUGCCCUGGCAUGCAACUCGGGCUCUACGCGCUCGAGAUGGCGGUGGCUCAUCUUCUCCAUUGCUUUACGUGGGAGCUGCCGGACGGGAUGAAGCCCAGCGAGAUGAACAUGGACGACGUGUUCGGCCUCACCGCUCCGAGAUCGACCCGACUAGUUGCCGUCCCGACGCCCCGACUUCUGUGCCCGGUUUGACCCUUCUAAUAUUUGAUCCUUCGCGUUGAAGAGCACUUGUACCGCCGGGACAAAGCCAAUGCAUUGAAGGAAGAAGCUUCUGCAGAAUUUUCUUUUCCUUUCUCUUUCUUUCUCACACUCUCUCUUGUUUUUUUUUUGUAUUUUAAAAUAUUAUUAAAGGGAAGAAACUGAAAAUAAAUGCAAAGAGCUGGAAAGAUAAAGAGGUCCGCAUUUCAAUUUCUCUCUCUGUGAAUGUAGAAAGACUCUUUCAUUUGUUUGAUCGUUUCACAUUUGGGUUGUAUUUUGCAAUUUCUAUCUUCUGUCAAAUAAAACGUUUCAAAGAAAAAAAAUUUAAAUUUGAU